AUGCUGAGACUUUAUGGUGAAGUAGUAACCGAAGAAGAGUUACUUGAGAAGACUUACUCUACAUUCCAUUCAUCGAAUGUGAUACUGCAACAGCAGUACAAAAUGAAAGGCUUCGCCACAUAUACUGAUCUGAUCUCGUGCCAGCUUCUGGCCGAAGCAAACAAUGAGCUCCUGAUGAAGAACAGUGAAGCUAAACUUGUUGGAAUAGCACCAUUACCGGAAGCUAAUGAGGUUGAAAAGAAAGAACCCGACGAGUGCAAUUACGUCCAAAACAAUAAGAGAUCACACGGCAAUGGCCGUGGUGGUUACAAGGGGCGUGGCAGUGACAAUUACUUGAACAGCCGAGACAACUACUCGGCCGGCCGGAAAGGAAACCACAAUAACCGUGGUUGUGGUUCCAAUUAUGGCCGUGGCCGAGGUAGUUAUGGCAGUGGUCGAGGCGGCAUAUCCAAACCUCUAAAGAACAAGAACCCGGAGGGUCACAUGGUUCACGAUUCCGGAUAUGAGGCCGAUAAUGAUUCCGACAUUGCUAAAGAUGACCAGAUGGACUUUGAGACUUCUGAUUGUCUCAAGGACUAA